CCUACAAGGCCAACGUGCGCGAGAACCUGGCCAGGCACGUGCGCCAUCGCCACCCCGACGCCGCCCUCACCAAGGAUGACGACCUGCAUCCCUAGGCACCAUGACGCCCUGCGCCGUCGCCGUCGCCGCCGUCCUCGGAGGAGGGCGGCGCGUGCGGCAGCAGCGUGUGCGGCGUGUGCGGCAAGAUGUUCCAGGGCACCAACCAGCGCUUCCUCCUGCGGCGCCACCUCCUGACGCACACCGGCGAGCGGCGCCACGCCUGCCCCUACUGCUCGUACCAGGCCAACCAGGCGGGCAACCUCAACAGACACAUCCGUAACCUGCACCCGGCGCACGCGCACGCCCACGACCUGCAGCAGGCGACGCGGCCGAUCCUCUCCGUGAUGCAGGCGUCGCCGCGGGGCUCCCACCCGACCCUGCUUGGCACAGUGGCGGCCACACCGCCGCUCUCGGGCGCCUCCAGGCCGCUCCUGACGCUGCCCGUGGCGGCCAGGCAGCCCGGCCGGGGCGCCUCCGCCAAGCCUCGAUCGCCGUCCCCGAGCCUGACGUCUUCGAGGUCCUCCUUGGCGGCGCCCCAGCACCCGCUCCACCGCUCCGCCCUUUUCCUCCAGGCGUCCGUCACGUCCACCGCCGUGUCCAGCAGCUCAGCCAAGGCGGCCGCCCCCAGCACUACGGCGACGGGCGCCCCUGACUGAGCAGCCCAACCUCGGCCGCAGGGCUUCAGCUCUCGAGGCCGUUCCCCCCGGCGGGCGCCGCGUGCCCGAGGCCGCUCCUUCCGCCUGCUCUGCGGGCUCGCGCGGGGGAGGCGCGGAACCGGCAGCCAACCUUUCCACACUCAGUGUCACCGGGAGCGGUUUGUCUCCUCGUUUCCUCGGUCUGAAGGCAACUUAUUUCCUAAGUCAUGCGAUGCUUCCAAGUCAUUUUCUACAGAGGCCAGUACUUCGAGGUUGUGGGAGGAGAGGCGUGGCAGAAGGCAGCCAGCCCUCUCCUGGGCGGACUUCGACCCGUGAAGAAGUGUCAGUAUUAUACCUGAAAAACGUGAUAAAACAGAAGAAAAAAAAAAACAGAAGGAGAAGCAGAAAAAUAAAGUAAAGAAGAGAAAGAUGGAUGUAAUGCAGAACAGACGUAAUAAAAUGAACAGAUAAAUAGAUAUACAAAUAAAAGACCAGAUAAACAAAUAAAAGAAAAGUCAACUUAUAUAUGAAAUGGAAGGAGUUUGAUAUUUAUGGAUAGUUUUCCUACUUGCAACUCGGAACGAAAAAGAGAAAAAACGGAACACGCAACAAACCGUAGAAUGACGUCACUAGUGAUUAUGAACGAACAAUUUUGAAAAUCUUUUAUACAAUUGGAUGCCAUGUAUGUGUCUUGGAAAAGUGAAAAUCUCGAAUAGUUUUAAAGAAAGCGUAUCAUUCAGGAAAAUGACUUAAAAGAAAAGUAAUUAACAAAGAGAAAAGAAUCGUUUUCAAAAUAUUUUUAUUUCUCUGUAAAUUACUCGAAUAAUAAAAAAAAAAGAGUCUCAAGA